AUGGUGACCAGCAUUCCACACCCAUCCGAGCCUGCGGUGCUUGUACCCCCCAGCCCGGUUGGCAGCAUGUUCAUCAGUGAGGUGUCAGUCUCUGAGGUGUGGGAUGUUGUGAGGCGGCUGAGGAGCACGCGUUCAACUGGGAUGGAUGGCAUCUUCUGCGAUCUCAGCAGGGCGUUUGACUGUGUCAGGCAUGACGUUCUGCUGAGUAAACUUGAGGCAUAUGGCAUUCGAGGUGUUGCGCUUCAAUUAUUUGCCUCCUAUUUAAAAGACAGAAAACAAGUCGUAGAAAUAUCCACAAAUACAGGUAUUCACCAUUCAAAUGAGGGAGUGAUUAAGUGCGGCGUACCACAGGGCUCUAUUUUGGGACCAAUACUGUUUGUCAUCUACAUAAAUGAUCUUCCCAAAAACAUCAACCAUAGUAAGAUUAUCAUGUACGCCGACGACUGCACUUUACAAACAUCAGAGUCUACUGCGUCAGCAGCAGUUGAUGCUGCCAACAAUAGCCUCGCUCAAGCUUCUGAAUGGUUUUUCAAAAAUGGGCUUGUUCUCAAUCCAAUCAAGACAGGCUUUAUACGUUUCACAAUACUUAAAGCACCCAAUAGUCACAUAUUCCCAGGCAGUGGACUCACCUACAACAACAACUCAUUGCAACAUUUUUCUGCCACAAAAUUUCUUGGGUUGCAUUUGGACGCCCAUCUCAACUGGGAAUCUCAUGUAGAUGUCAUCUGCAAAAGGCUCCGCCCAGUCUGCUAUGCUCUCGGCCGCCUUGCUCAGUUGCUGCGGUUGGAGGGCCUGGUGGAAGCCGUUCUUGGUGGAUUUAAAAAUCGUGCAGGGGCCCUAGUCAGCUCAGCCAGCAAUGACCUGGCUGCUCUAUCAGCAGGCGAAUAUCCUUUUGGUCGUAGUAGUGCCGGUUGGAGACCAGUAAAGAUCCAUGCUGCGAGCUUAGGGGGGACUCUGCCGAGGCCACUGUUCAUCGAGAUUGCGGCGAGUAUUCGCGAAACACCGCCGCCCUCCUCGGUAACUGCACAAUCCGAGGCUUCAGGCCCCCAGCAGUCAGCGUCAGCAAAACCAACGCAGGUCCUGGGUCUGAUCGACAGACAACACCAACCAGACGGCGAGUAUUGGCGAAACACUGCCAACCUCCUCGGUAAACGCACAGUCCGCGGCUUCAGGCCCCCAGCAGUCGGCGUCAAGGCCAUACGAGGCAGGAAUUUCUCUGGCUAA